AGUUGUCUGGGCGAGUGGACCAUCCGAGAAACUGUCCUCAUUCGCAGCCCUUGGAGCGGUUGAGACAGCCUGCUGGGUGACAGUUAUAUAACGGAAGAGAGGAUGGGGAAGAAGCUGGACCUGACGGCCUUAACAGAAGAUGAAGCGGAGCACGUGCUGCAGGUGGUUCAGCGGGAUUUUGACCUACGAAAGAAGGAGCAGGAGCGACUGAGUGAGCUGAAGCAGAAACUGAACGAAGAGGGCAACAAAUGCACAAUCCUCUCCAAGCAGGAAAAGUUCAACGAGAACUGCUGCAUUCGCUGCUGCAGUGCCUUUACAUUCCUAAUCAACACCAAGCACCCAUGUUCCGACUGCAAGUUCAACAUCUGCAAGAACUGCGGUGCCUACAGCAAAAAGGAGAAGGCCUGGAUCUGCACGGUCUGCCAUCAGGCCAGGCUCCUGAGGACCCAGUCUUUGGAAUGGUACUACAAUAAUGUCAAGGGCAGGUUCAAACACUUCGGCAGUGCCAAGGUGGUUCACACUUUAUACAAGCGACGCCUUGCAGGCAGAGGGAGCCAAUCAAGCACACUAGGAGGCAAUGUUCUUGAUGGUAGCCAAGAGAAUGAAGAGCGCAUCUGUGGCAGUGGGUGCACUCCUUACAGACAGACAGACGGUCACGCUCUCAGUGAAACCCUAGCCGUGGCUCUCCGAGUGGCAGAGGAAGCAAUUGAAGAGGCAAUCACCAAGGCAGACUCCUACAGUGACAGUCUGGAAAAACAGAACGAGAGCCAAUAUUUACAGGAGCACAAAGAGGAGUUGAUAGAGGAGCUCGCCACUACUAUAAUGCAGAAGGUGAUAAAGAGGAGGAAGUCUGGGAGCGGCCUCACUGACUCCGAGUCAGAUCAGGCACUCUCCCAGCGCAGGACUUCCACCAAGGAACUCGCUCAACCUUUACUUGAAAGCCGCCAGGAGAUGUCAAACCUGUGGAGGUCUCACUCUGACUUCUCACUGACGAAUGAGGAUACUCCACCCAAGGAAAGAGCUGAAGCCAACCUUAAACCCACAGAGGCCAUGUGGAGACAGGGAAAGAUCCAGCCAUCUCAAAAUACAGAUAUCCGGCCUUACUCACUGCCAACUUGGAAAAGCAUGGAGCCGUUGGAUAAUGCAGGUUCCUCGGCCGUGCUGCACAGUCCUGACGGGAACUGGAUGGCAGUGCAGAGCAGACCCUCUGGGCCCCCUCGACUGCUGACCAAGCCCAAGAGCCAGGUGUUUGCAGCCCUGGAGCAGGAGGCAGACGUGGUCUCCGCCUACGACGAGAUGGGGACAGACGAAGACAACGACGAUGACAUUGGCUGGAGCUCGGCCCUUGGUGAGUUUGGGCCACACUCUGGAAAGUUAUCUGAUGAGACCUACUUCACAGGUUCCCAGCAGGACAAUGAUUCGUUGUACGCCGAAGGGAAACACCGGUCAGUCACCUCACCGUCAUCCGGCCGGUACACCGAGACCAUGCGCUCAGACUCCGAAACAUCCCCCACCAGUUCCAUACGGAUAUCUGUGAGGGGCCCGGAUGACCAAGUGAUGGUUGGUGAAAGAGGACUGCAGUUGAGGGGCCACAGAGCAUCUGGUCCCCACUAUACCGGGCAGUUGGACAUAAACUACAACACACAGCCUCGAGACUUAGCAUCCCUUGACAGCAGCGAUGAUGAAGAUCUUCCUGACAAAUCUGGGAGGAAGCAUAGACGGCGAAAAAGAAGCAAAGGCUCAUCCCAGGAGCAACUGUAUGAAACCGAGGGACCAUUGAGAAGCCAGCAGUCAACAUCCAAAAAUACAUGCCAGGAGCUGAGCAGGUGCAUGUUCGUUAUGGAGCAGAACCUUGCCCGGCUGGAGAGGAGAAUCAGUUUGGGGACCUGGAGCAGAGAGGAAUCACCAGUCCCUGUGGACAAGAUCCAAACCCCUGAGGGUAAAUCCAGUGUGGAUGCAGACAGUGGAGCUUCACUCUCUAGAACUCAGGCAGAUGUAGUGGAAAAGAAACUGAAGUCAAAGAUGGUUCGACUAAUUACGAAGCUAAGUGACAAGGAGUCAUCGUCUGGGGAUGAGCUGGAUCUAGAGUCAACCGAGGGAGCUCAAGAGACCUCCUCUUGCGACGAAGACCGUAAGCAUAUUCAGGAUGAACUUGUGAGAAAAUACUCAGCCAUCUCCCUCUGCAGCAUUACGACGGAGGCGCUGAAAGUCCUUGGCGCCACGGAGGACCUGAUUGAGGAGGCCACACAGGAAGGUCAUUCACUACCGGAUUCUUGUGCGGGAAGGAUACCUUCAGAAAAGGAGGCAGCAAAGCUUCAGGCACAUCUCUCCAAACUAGAGGAAAAUGUUUACAUAACAGCCGGCACUGUGUAUAGUCUGGAAGGCCAGCUGAAUGAUCUAGAGGACUGUGCGCGUAGUAUUCACAGUAUAACCACUGAAACCAAGCUAGCAGAUCUGGAAGAUCAGGUGGCAACAGCAGCUGCUCAAGUUCACCAAGCAGAACUCCAAGUUUCAGACAUUGAGCGCAGAAUUUCAGCCCUGAACGUGGCAGGUCUGAAUGUGGUCCCCUGUGAACGACUACUGAAGAAACGUAACCUGCCCGAGGCGAAGGAGAGAGAUUUGACAACAUCGGGACAAUCAGCAGAACUGGCUUGUUUCAAGAUAAUGCACCCACACAGAGCCCAAAGGAAGAUGCAAUCACUAUUGAAAAUCCUGCAGUUUUUGUUAUUUUCAUUGACUUUUGGGGAGCUUGCUACCUGUAAUUUGGUGACCCUCUUUCGGACGUGAGGCGGUGAUUGUACUUCUGGGGACCCUCUGCAAAGAUC